AAGUUGGACGCCUUCAGCUUUUUGACAUUACACAUAGGAAGAAAGAUGGAUCUCCUAUGACUUCUAAAGCUGCAGAAAUUAUGGAGAAACUAAAGGAUAAAAAGGCGGAGUAUAAAGCGGUUGCUUCGAGUGAUAGUUCUGUUAAUGUUGACGACAUUGAUAAUCGGAUUAUUACUGAAGUUUUGGGUCCUGAGAGGCAUGGUCGGGUUCGAUUUCAAGGAUCUUUUGUUAACCCAACCCAAUAUUUUGGAUCCAGCUCGCAGCAAUCCAUGCCUUCGGGGAGUCAGGCUCAAGUUGAAGUUCAGCGGUUAAGAGACCAAAUGUCUCAGAUGCAAUCGAACUUUGAUAAACUUAAAGCGGAGGCAACAGCGAGGGAAGCAGAGCAGAGCAGAAAGUACGACGCACUACAGCUACAGCUUCAGAAUAUGAUGAAGAUGUUUCAAAAGUCGCAAAAUUCGCCAUCUUAGACAUUUGUUUUAUUAUUGUAAGAAUAUUUUUAACAUUGUAUCUUUUAACAUUAUUGUAAGAAUAUUUUGAAUUAUACUUUAGUUAUCGCUUUAUAUCAUAUAUCUUUUGAAUUUGAAGUA